AUGACACGCCUGAAUUCCAUGACCUCUUUCCUUAUAGGUCAUUUGAAGCCUUUUCACAAGCGCGGAGUCCGGAAAAAUACAUUGGAAUCCAAGAUACGAAGCCUAUUUUUCACAGUAAAAAAUUUUACUAUUAGGCUACCAAAGAAGGAAUACUUACGAUGUAGGGUUAUUCGUGGACACAAAAGAGCAAAUCGUCAAAUCAAGAAGAAUACCUUGCCAAGCAAAACAAUCAAUAAAUUAGAGCCUUCAAACAAGAUGGCUUUAGAGAUUUGACAGGUUAUGACAGACUGCUAUCACAAACGAGAAUCAGAAUUCGACGCAUUAAGCGUGACAGACAAAAAGCCAAAGCAUCGUGCCAAAAAUAAAAGAAACCAAAACAUUCUGUCAACGAAAAGCAGCUUCAAUACUGAUUAUUGCAUGCAUUAUUUUGCAUCCGAAGUGGUAAGAGAAUCAUUCUUCUACUACGUAGAGUUUCUUUUUUCGCAGAUAGAUCCUGAAGACCUAUGUACGAAGUUUGAUUUCCGGUGCUGCAAGGUAAAGCAUGAUGACAGAUGCUAUGAAAAGUGGCUCUAUAUGAAGAAAUACCUGCACGUCUACAUGAUUGAAGAUCUAGGGCUAGAGCCCUACAUGCCGCAAAAAGUAGAGAGCUUCUAUCUGCCUGCACUUAUGACUCUCUAUAGCAAAGAUAUCGGAGAAUCAGAAAAUAAUCCAUGCUAA